AUGAAAGGAAAAGUCGCACUCGAGGAGGCUUGGUCUCUACCUCGUCUUCACGAACUCAACAAGAAGUGGACUAUCCAGUACUACACUCCGAAAGACCUCUUCGAUCAACACGUCACGGAGAUUGAAGAUCUCACCAGCAUCCGGCUCCAUCACGCUGACAAGUAUGGCGUCGGCUAUCAAGUAGUCUCCUUCACGGCUCCUGGCACUCAGGAGAUUGCAGACCCUAAAGAGGCCCACGAGCUUGCCGUCGAAGCAAACAACUAUGCUGCGGAGAAGAUUCGGGAUCAUCAAGAUACCUUGGGUGCUUUUGCUGCGCUGUCCAUGCACGACCCCAAGCAGGCCGCUGCGGAGCUUCACCGUUGCGUCACCCAGCUCGGAUUCAAAGGCGCUCUUGUCAAUGACUGCCAGGUCGCAGGUCCCAACGGCGAAGAUGUAAUCUUCUAUGAUGGCCCUGAGUGGGACGUCUUUUGGAAAACCUGCACUGAUCUUGAUGUUCCUUUCUACAUGCACCCGGGACCUCCAACGGGCAUCUUUUUCGAAAAGCUCUGGAAAGAUCGAAGCAACCUCAUCGGACCACCACUUUCUUUUGCAAAUGGUGUCAGCCUUCACGUACUCGGUAUGGUUGUCAACGGUGUUUUCGACCGUCACCCAAAGCUUCAAUACAUCAUUGGUCAUCUUGGUGAACACGUUCCGGCAGACCUUUGGCGCAUCAACCACUGGUUCGAAGACCGUCAAAGGUUUUGCGAGACUGCACUGAAAGCCAAGAAGACUAUCUGGGAGUACUUCAAUGAGAACAUUUGGAUCACCACGUCCGGUAACUUCUCAACGACGACACUGAACCUUUGUCUGAGCGAAGUCGGCAGCCAUCGCAUACUCUUCUCCGUGGACUAUCCCUACGAGACAUUUGAGGAUGGAUGCACCUGGUUCGAUAACUUGGACCUCAACACUGCUGACCGCCUCAAGAUCGGUCGAGAGAAUGCCAAAAGGCUGCUCAGGCUGGGGCAGUACAAGGACUGCAACACCAAAGUAGUCUGA